AGACCCUUACCUGACCUCCAUCACACACCCAGGUGUGGAGGCUCCGGGCAAUCUGAGCCCCACCACCAUGGGCUCUUCCCUCGGGGCAGGGGGCAGAGCCGUGCUGGGCCGCCUGGCCCUCCUCUGGGCCCUCGUGGUUCCAGGUAUCCAGCAGGACUUCAGGGUGCUCCAGUCGUCCAUGAUGGUGGGGCACGCGGGCAGAGCUAUCACUAUGUCCUGCCGGGUCAGUAGCUCUGUGGAUUACGUCCACUGGUUCCGCCAGCUGGAGGGCCAGGCCCCCGAGAGGCUUCUCUAUCUAGCCUUGUCCAAGCGGGAUGUGCAGUGGGAUUCGGUCCUAAGAGGUGAUAAAGUCAACGCGGCCCGCGGCACCGACGGCAAGAGCUGCACCAUGUCCUUGAUGAAGCUGGCGAAGAGCGACGAGGGCAUGUACUACUGUGCUGCCUGGAGGUGGAAUUUAAACAACAUGAUCUUUGGUGAUGGAACAAAAGUUUUCGUCCUAGAUAAAAAACUUCCUGCAGAUACUUUCCCCAAACCCACAAUUUUUCUUCCUUCAAUUAAUGAAGUCAACCAUCAACAGGCUGCAACGUAUCUUUGUCUCCUGGAAAAAUUUUUCCCUGAUGUUAUUAAGGUUUCUUGGAAAGAAAAGAAUGGCAACAGGGUUCUGCCAUCCCAGGAGGGAAAUACCAUGAAGACCAAUGACACAUACAUGAAGUUCAGCUGGCUGACAGUGACAGAAAACUCCAUGAAGAAAGAGCACGUAUGUAUCGUCAAACAUGAGAAAAAUCCAGGAAGAAAAGAUCAAGAGAUUCUUUUUCCUGCAGUGAAUGAAGGUAUGUGA